AUGUAUCGUUAUCAGAUAUCCAGUGGAGGCAACUUGUUGCGGUGGGCGUGUCGGCCACGCCUACACUCACCAGCAGCAUCGCUUCAUCCAUCUGGACCACAGUCUCAUAGUCUCAGUACAAGUCCAGGCGAUAGCCCUGGGCCGGAGCGGCGGUACGGCGACACUGAAGACAUGCCGUCCGCCGCAUUCUCCGCGCCCGCCACCACCUCCGCCAUCACCACCGCCUCCACCUCCGCUCCCGCUCCGCUCGACACUCCGACCUCACCCACACAAAACGACAACACCUUCACACAACCAGCUAACAAUAGCCACAAGCCUCGAUCAAUGGUGGUGUCUCUGACACCGGAGCGUCAGCGGGAGACGUGGGCGAAGAAGGCUGAGUUCCUCCUGGCUGUGGUUGGGUUCGCUGUGGACCUCGGGAACGUGUGGCGGUUCCCUUACAUCUGCUACCAGAACGGCGGUGGUGCUUUCCUGAUACCCUACUGCGUGAUGCUGUUAUUCGGUGGACUGCCGCUGUUCUUCAUGGAGCUUGCUCUGGGGCAGUUCCAUAGAUGCGGAUGUCUAACACUUUGGAAGAGAAUCUGCCCCGCUUUAAAAGGGGUAGGUUACGCAAUAUGCAUGAUCGACAUCUACAUGGGCAUGUAUUACAACACGAUCAUCGGCUGGGCGGUGUACUAUCUAGUGGCGUCCCUGGCCUCCAUCAACUCCGUGCUGCCCUGGACCAGUUGCGACAACGAAUGGAAUACACCUCUCUGUUCACCUGUUACAUCCCCGCAGAACAAUCCCAAUGCUACCACGCCGGCUAAAGAGUUCUUUGAGCGUAACGUUUUGGAACAACAGCGAUCCAACGGCCUAGAUGAUAUGGGCCCUAUAAAACCAUCGCUUGCUCUUUGCGUCUUCGGUGUCUUCGUGUUGGUAUACUUUUCUUUAUGGAAAGGUGUAAGAAGUGCUGGCAAGGUGGUGUGGGUCACUGCAUUAGCUCCGUAUGUUGUGCUGCUGAUAUUAUUGGCAAGAGGCGUCACACUUCCCGGUGCCACUGAAGGCAUUCGAUACUAUUUAACACCCGAGUGGCAUAAGCUACAGAAUACAAAGGUGUGGGUGGAUGCGGCCUCACAAAUAUUCUUCUCUCUGGGUCCGGGCUUUGGCACACUUCUGGCUCUGUCCAGCUACAACAAGUUUAACAACAACUGCUACCGCGACGCUAUCAUCACCUCCUCCAUCAACUGCCUCACCAGCUUCCUCGCUGGAUUCGUUAUAUUCUCGGUUUUAGGCUACAUGGCCCACGUUCAGAACAAGAGCAUCGAGGAGGUAGGUCUGGAAGGUCCGGGGCUAGUGUUCAUCGUGUACCCGGAGGCCAUCGCUACUAUGACCGGCUCAGUCUUCUGGGCCAUCAUCUUCUUCCUCAUGCUCAUCACACUUGGAUUAGACAGCACUUUUGGAGGUCUAGAGGCAGUCACUACAGCUCUAUGUGACGAGUAUCCCCGCGCUCUCGGACGACACCGCGAAGUCUUUGUGGCUUUUCUGUUGCUCUUUAUAUACAUAUGCGCUCUGCCCACCACAACAUAUGGUGGUGUGUAUCUGGUGGAUUUAUUGAACGUGUAUGGACCUGGUCUGGCGAUCCUGUUCGUGGUGUUCGCGGAGGCUGCUGGCGUGUGCUGGGUGUAUGGUGUGGGACGGUUCUCAGAGGAUGUGAGGACCAUGCUAGGACACAAACCUGGAUGGUUCUGGAGAACCUGCUGGUCUUACAUCAGCCCUGUGUUCCUGCUGGUGCUGUUUAUCUUCUCGGUGCUGUCGCACGAGGAGAUGCUGGGUGGAGAGUAUGAGUACCCUCGCUGGUCCAUCCGCGCCGGCUGGGCCAUGACCGCCACCACUGUCUCCUGCAUCCCACUUUACAUCAUCUACAAGUUCAUCAUCACACCUGGCAGCUUCCUCACUGUAUCGUAUAAGGACAAUGAAACGCCCGGUGGAAUCCACGGUACCAGUUCCAGCGCCGAGUGGCCUGUGACCGCACCCGCCUACCAUCGAGUGGCUCGUAUAGCCAGAUACACUUCUAGAUACUUCUAG